ACGUCGGAACGACCUCUGCAGUCUUAAUGACAAUCCGUCCUUUCCGCCUAAGCUCGCCUCCUUAGAUCUCUCGGGCAAUGCAAUCACGACCUUCGAUGUCUCGCCAACCGCGUACCAGCUUCUCCAGCGCCUCCCAACGCUGUAUAUGGACGCCAUUCGCAUCGAAACGUGUACGGGGAUGCUGGCGACGCUCAAGGCGCUGGGAACUGUCUGCGUCGUGAGUACGGGCGCCGUGUCGUCGACGCCCGUGUUAGAAUCAACCACGGGCAAGCUGAGCUUCAUCUUUGGCAUCUUGACGCUGUCCAUGGUGCUCUAUAAGACCGUGCUCAGCCGCUGGCGCAUCCUUCACGACGAGCAGCGCGAUCGGCGCGCGCUGCGUGCCACGUGUGUGAGCUCCAACUACUCUGGUUUUGAGGAACCGCCAUUUGAGUACCGGAUCUCGCUGUCGCUCGCGAUCCCAACGCCACUUGUCGAGCUAGCGUCGCUGCCCGCGACGCAGGUGCCUUACCAGGACCUCACGAAACGCAAGCUCGUCACCAUGUCGGCGCACGCAAUCAUCUACGAUGCACGCCUACGCAACGGCGUCGACGUCGGGCUAAAGGUCGUCCGCACCGUACUCGGCGACGAGGCAUCCGUCACAUCAGCACUGACGUCUUUGGUGCACGAGCUGCAUAUGCUGGCGAGCGUCUCGCACCCGCACGUGCUUGGGCUCGUCGGGUUUGCCUCGUCGCCGAAUCUGCUCGACUUUGCCCUUGUGACAGAACAUGCAGCCCUCGGACCGCUGCCGGCGCUGCUGCCAUCAACGUCGUGGCCGAUCCGGCUGCAGAUUGCGCUGGAUGUCGCGCAUGCUAUCUCGUACCUCCACGCACGUCACAUUGCACACAACGCUGUCGCCACCACGCACGUGCUCGUGACGAACGAGUGGCGCGCCAAGCUCACAGGCCUGGCGCACGCAUCCGCGGGAGAUGGACAUGCGGACGUUGUGCUCUUUGGGCAUUUUCUCAACGAGCUAGCGGCCGAUUGCAGCGAUGUGGAAACCGUGACGAACGUCAUUGCCUCGUGUUUGAAUACCACACUGACCGACCGACCAAGUAUGCUUCAAGUCGCGACCUUGCUUCAGCGCGCCCAGACAGUAGCCUAGAAUAUCCGACACGUCUACGAAAU